CCGCCCGAGUCCUGACCCGGUUCGGCGCUCCGCGGACAGCGCUCUUCCUUGCCCGGAGCCGGAGACUCAGCUGACUGAGUUGAGACAGGCUUCAGGAGAGUCUGCAGGCGUAGAGGGAGUGUGUCUUCCUGGGGCGCCCCAACCCUGCAGGCCUGUAUUCCCAGAGAUCCGUGCUCAGUGCUGAAGGCGGUUCGUUGUGAAAGCAGGCGAUCCCAAAACUGCCAGUGUCCGCUGGGAGCCAUUCCAGCUCCACUUCAUUCAACCAAAUCUACCACUGCCUCCCCGUGCAAAACAGCAGGAGGAAGAUUCUGCUGUCCCUGGGUGAGCUGUGUGCAGCGGUGAGGGAGGAGCUCGGGACCGAGAAAUGGAGAAGAGGAACCUGCUGAAGAAUCCCUGUGGGGAAGGGCAGAUGGAAUUCUGGGAGAUCACGGAGAACGGCGGCAACGAGUGGCGGGUGGAGGAGAUGCCUGGGGACUGUGGGAGCGCUUUCUGUGACGAGGCGGUGAAGACGUUCUUCGUCACCUCCUUCGAGCGGUGUCUGAAGAAGCAGGAGGUGGACCUGCUGGCAGAGGAGUACAGCCCUGAAGAGCUGGACGCCCAGCCUGCCAUCGAGGUGGAAGACUGGUAUUCGGGACGGACGGACUGCGGCUGCACUUACGAGCUCAGCGUCUGUUUGCUGGACGAGAAUCAUGAGGUGAUCGCCGAGUUCAAACCCAGUGAAGUGACCCUUGACCCCGACUGUGACGACUGCUCCUGGAAAAAGGUACAGUGUGCACAUGAAGACACACACACACACACUGCUACACCACACACACACACUGCUACA